AUGCAGAUCUUCGUCAAGACCUUAACCGGCAAGACUAUCACCCUCGAGGUGGAGUCCUCCGACACCAUCGACAACGUCAAGUCCAAGAUUCAGGACAAGGAGGGCAUUCCUCCGGACCAGCAGCGCCUCAUUUUCGCUGGCAAGCAGCUUGAGGAUGGCCGUACUCUCUCCGACUACAACAUCCAGAAGGAGUCAACUCUCCACCUCGUCCUCCGCCUCCGCGGUGGUAUGCAAAUCUUCGUCAAGACCCUGACCGGCAAGACCAUCACCCUCGAGGUGGAGUCGAGCGAUACCAUCGACAACGUCAAGUCCAAGAUUCAGGACAAGGAGGGUAUUCCUCCGGACCAGCAGCGAUUGAUUUUCGCUGGUAAGCAGCUCGAAGAUGGCCGAACCUUGUCCGACUACAACAUUCAGAAGGAGUCCACCCUUCACCUUGUCCUCCGUCUGCGUGGAGGUAUGCAGAUCUUCGUCAAGACCCUCACUGGAAAAACCAUCACGUUGGAAGUUGAGUCCUCGGACACGAUCGACAACGUGAAGAGCAAGAUCCAAGAUAAGGAGGGUAUUCCUCCGGACCAACAGCGAUUGAUUUUCGCUGGUAAGCAACUCGAGGACGGCCGCACCCUCUCCGAUUACAACAUUCAGAAGGAGUCCACCCUUCACCUAGUCCUCCGUCUGCGUGGAGGUAUGCAGAUCUUCGUCAAGACCCUCACCGGAAAAACCAUCACGUUGGAAGUCGAGUCCUCGGACACGAUCGACAAUGUGAAGAGCAAGAUCCAAGAUAAGGAGGGUAUUCCUCCGGAUCAGCAACGUCUAAUUUUCGCCGGCAAGCAACUCGAGGACGGCCGCACCCUCUCCGAUUACAACAUCCAGAAGGAGUCUACUCUGCACUUAGUCCUGCGCCUUCGUGGAGGUAUGCAAAUCUUUGUCAAGACUCUGACAGGAAAGACCAUCACCCUGGAGGUUGAGUCGUCGGACACGAUUGACAACGUCAAGAGCAAAAUCCAGGAUAAGGAGGGCAUCCCCCCGGACCAGCAACGUCUUAUCUUUGCUGGUAAGCAAUUGGAGGAUGGUCGUACUUUGAGCGACUACAACAUCCAGAAGGAGUCGACUCUGCACUUGGUGCUACGUCUCCGUGGUGGCCAGUAA